UCUGGUUCCGCGCGGCCAAGAUGGCGGACACGCAGACGGAGCGGGCCUACCAGAAGCAGCCCACCAUCUUCCAGAACAAGAAGCGGGUGCUGCUGGGCGACACCGGCAAGGAGAAGCUGCCCCGCUACUACAAGAACAUCGGCCUGGGCUUCAAGACCCCCAAGGAGGCCAUCGAGGGCUCCUACAUCGACAAGAAGUGCCCCUUCACCGGCAACGUCUCCAUCCGGGGCCGCAUCCUCUCCGGGGUUGUCACCAAGAUGAAGAUGCAGCGCACCAUCGUCAUCCGCAGGGAUUACCUGCACUACAUCCGCAAAUACAACCGCUUUGAGAAGCGACACAAGAACAUGUCGGUGCACCUGUCUCCCUGCUUCAGGGAUGUGCAGAUUGGGGAUAUCGUGACGGUGGGAGAGUGUCGCCCCCUCAGCAAGACCGUCCGGUUCAACGUCCUCAAGGUGACCAAGGCUGCUGGCACCAAAAAACAGUUCCAGAAGUUUUAAAGACUAUUUGUACUUUCUUUGUAUCAAUAAACAGGCUGGUGUGAUUUGAAAAAAAAAAAA